GACAUGCUUGAAACCGAACGCAGAACUGCGAUUAGUACGUCUCAACUUGGACUUUACUCCGAUCACGGUGAUAGAUACAACAGAAGUCGAUACGGUUCCGUCACCAGGAAAUUCGCGAUAGGAGUUAUGGUGGUGGUUGCAGUGAUAUUAGUGGGGAUAUUUUUAUACGACUUCACGUCUGCCACGUCGUUGAACAGUAAAGUCAACCAGGAAACAAAGCACAUGUAUAUAUUACAAAAUGCUCUUAAGAAACCGUCGAACGUCACAAGGAGAUUCUUCAGUUCUACACUUUUACCUGAAAUGAACAGAAGUAAUCCCAUUUACGUACAAGAUCGUUCUGACAAUGAAAACCGCGGGAAUCUUUUACUGUACGAUCAGACUGACGAUCAAAAAGUAUCCGAUGCCGAGCUUAGAUCACAAAAUUUGAAUAACUUCAAAUUGCGAAAGAGAGUCCUGAAAUCUGUCGAAAACAACAUGAACGAACCAGCCGCGGAGGGCAAACAGUUGUUCGAUAAUCAUGCUGUAGCUUAUCGGAUAAGGCAGAGGUACAAAUAUCCGGGUUCGAACGAGGACGAUGAAAGCUCGGAGGAGAAUCGGCCAACUCCAUUUCAUUGGGAGCUGAAAACGCCCCAACCGACUUCUUUCAAACGAUUGAAAUAUCCUCAGCUCUCUCAAUACAGAUAUCCACAAUCGUCGAGAAACAUACAGGAUAUUAUUAAGUAUCUGACGAACGACGCUGAGAUACCGAACAGAGGCAUCAAGUUCACCGGUGUCUACGUGAACCCGAAAAAGUACGAUUUUUCUCCCGAGAUUGGGGAGAUGAUGUCCAACAGCGACAGGUCGGAAGAAGAAGAAAGUUCUUAUUCGUUCAACGAAGACCCGUUGUAUCAGUAUAAACCGAAACAUCCCGCGGAUGUCAAUCUGCUGGCUCCGUCCAACUUCAGAUUCUCGCCAACAGGGUUUCAUAGAUACAGUCCUUACUACGAUACGUACGGUCGACCAGUAAAUUACGUGAAACAGCCUUCGUCGGACGUGGAAUCGCAAUAUGACCCAGCCCCUUACGCGAGCAACUACCAGAAGAAACGUAAACCAAAACCGUUCAGUGUCAUGUUGGACAUUUAUCCGAUCACCGACGUCAUGGAACAAAAUAAGAAGACCACGAGACCGAAACAAGUUCCUAUGGACGAUUACGACACGAGAAGGCCAAUGGUGUUCAACAGGGGCCAGAAAUUUUACGUACCACCCCCGCAAACGAUGGUCGGUACGUCGAAUCAAGCCGCGAUGGACGAAGAGGAAAGACAACAGAUGAUAUUUCAUUUGAAUCUGUAUCCGAGAAAGAAAAAUAAAAUGAACAGGCACGACAUAAUUCACAGGUCGGAAUCGAUGCCUCCCCAAGAACGACAGCAGUUUAUGCACAAAGUAUGGUCACCGCUGGAAACGAUCGCUAAACACUUGGCAGUGGAACAAUCGAAAUUCAUGCAAAGCGAAGGUCCGUUCGGAUUGGCAACGAACCGCUACCAGGAAACUCCUCUGGAUAACAAAGAAGAAGAAACGAAAUACCAGCAAGUGAACGUUUCUUCGGGGCCCAGUGGCGACCACACAGAAGAAACAGUCACUGUUCCGUCUAACCAUAAAUUGAGCGUCGAGGAUGAUUACGCUAGCACCGAAAAGUACGAUAUCGAAGCUCAGAGAAUCGUUCGGACUACCACAGAGGAUCAGAAAGAGAGUCAGAAAGAAGAUUGUAAUACCACUGUAAUUCCAAGCGAGACGAUCGUUAACGAGACGAAAAACGACGAUGUUACCAAAGAUAUUGAUAGCAUCGAAGGAUUCAAACGUUUCAGCGACAGUGUCUCUAAAACCCAUUAG